AAAUCAUCCGUCUACACCUGUUUAUUCUCCAAAUUAACAUGUGCACAUUUUUUUCUCGCGGAUACGCAAUAUAUUAUGUACUUAACAAUAAUGAUUUUCAUUUUGUUUGCGACGUGUCGCAUUUGGAGAGGGAGAAAUGGUCACUGUUAUAAGACGUUCGGAGUGCCAUCCGGAUCAUACACUUCCAGCCCGACCAUUCGCGGACCACCUGUCUCCGUGGGGUCCUCGGUCCAGCAACCCCGUCGUCGAAUCUCCCAGGCAUCCACAGCCGGAAAAUACUUUCGUUGAGCUUCUUGCUUGCUUAUUUUCCAUUUCUGUGAAAAAUGACGUCAGCGAAGGCGACAUUUGUUACGAUCCUGUUGGCUGUGACAAUGAACGACGUAAUAGCUGCCCGAGAAAUACCCGAGUUUUUGCAUAUUUGCCAGACACGCGAGCCACAUUACGAGACAUGCGUCAGCGAAAGCAUAGAAUAUUUGAAGCCAUAUCUUAAAACAGGCGUACCGGAGUACAAUAUUCCGUCGUUAGAACCUCUCAUACUACAAAAAUUAACGUUCACUCCGACAAGCAGCAUUCGAGUAGAUGCAUCCAAUAUUGAAGUGACUGGUGCCAGCAACUUUGAAAUUAAGAAAGUGAAACUCGACUUCAACUCCAUGGUCUUCCUGGUGGAUAUAGCAUUGCCAAAUAUUCAGGUUGAAGGGAAAUAUGAGAUCGACGGUAAGAUACUGUUACUUCCGAUUCGCGGAUCCGGUCCGAUGCACGGCAACUUCUCAAAUUGCAUAGGCGCAUGCAAAAUACGGGUUGCGAAAUACGUUGACGAGAACGGCGAAGAGAAGAUACGCAUCACGGACCUCAGAAUAAAAGUCACAGUAGGCAAGGGUACGAUGAAGCUAGAUAAUCUGUUUGGUGGCGAAAAAGCCCUCGGAGAUGUCAUCAAUUCAACCAUCAACAGUAAUUUCGAUCUCUUCGUGAAAGAGUUACUGCCACUCGUAGAAAAGGCAUUAUCCGACGCGUUUCAGAAUAUCGCUGGCAAUAUCGUUCAACAGUUCACAUUCGCCCAACUCUACCCCGGCGCUUAGAUCCAUAUUUGUGAUGCAGACGAUCGGGCAGGCUGGAAAAUUUAUAAAUUAUCAAUUUUUUAAUUUGAAAAUAUAUUGCAAAAUAAGGACAAUAGAACGAAUUACAGAAAUGCAUUGUUACUUCUCGCUACAUUGAGUGUUUUUUAAAGGUAUGCACUCAAUUAAGAUUCGCAUCGCCAGCUUGUUAUACAGGGUGUCAGAUUCGAUAU